CAGGACAGUGGCCCUUCAUGCCCAAAAAGGAAUACAUUUGGUACCAAUAUGUACUUUUAAGGCACUAAUAUGAACUCUUUGCUUAUAAUAUAGUGAGGAAAUAUGAACUCUUUAGGUGCCAAUGGUCUUUUACCCCAGUGACAGCUAGGGAUUAUUUUUUGAUACACAUUUCAGUUUCUGAUAUAAUAACAAACACUAUGAUUUUAUCAUACUUGCAAAAUCUGUUGCUAUAGAUGUUGUCAGGUAAGAGGCGUGUCUUUUCAAAGUGAAACCUGUUCAGCCAGUCUGGUGAGCAUCAGAUGCAGCUUUCUGUUUUAAUGACAGAAGGGAUAUGUGAAAUCCCAGACGUCGUAUAGGCUACAUUUACUUACAACAGUAACAGCAUUCUAAAAUUUAAUUCGCUGUGCUGGGAGAUGACAAUCAAGACGUUCGCCAUUGAGUAUAAUGCUGUAAACGAUCGCAAUACAUUUAGCAAUGGAGACACUUUGACAGGCAGAGUUAUCGUGGAAGUCACUAAGGAAACGAAGAUCAAGGAUGUUACUGUGAAGGCGAAGGGCAAAGCCGAUGUGGUUUGGACUGAGUCACAUGGGGAAGAAAGUGUGACGUAUUGGGACAAAGAAAAGUAUUUUUCGCAAACUCAAUCUGUCUUGGAGGAAAAAGCAGUUGGUAACGGCCUUCUUGUAGCCGGACGACAUGUGUUCCCUUUUGCCUUCCAGCUUCCCUACCAGGGUCUACCUUCGUCUUUCAAAGGGGCUCAUGGGAAAAUUCACUACAGACUUUCGGCCAAGCUGAGCAGGUCUUUGUGGCCAGCAAAAAAGGCUGAAGCAGAGUUCACUUUUGUUUCGAAAGACGAUUAUAAUCAGCCAACAGUGAUGGCACCUCAACGUGACAGUAAAGACAGGAAUGUUGUAUUCUUUGCAUCUGGAAAUAUUUCCAUGGAUAUAUUUUUACCCAAGACAGGCUAUCAACAAGGUGAAGGCCUAGUCGUCAAUGGUGAAAUUGUCAACAGCUCAACUCGAAAAAUUGUGCCGAAGUACAUUAUAUACCAGAAGCAGAGCUUCUUUGCGGGCAAAAGAGCCGUCCACACCAAAGACAUCCUAAAGGAGAAAGAUGCGCCUUUAACUUCGUCCACCAGACAGAAUUUGUCUAAAUUAUUGCAAAUUCCAUUAGAAAUCACCCCAACCAUCCAAAACUGCCGCAUCAUCAAAGUGGAGUACAGACUGAAGGUCAUUUUGGAUGUAUCAUUCACUAAAAAUCCAGUGAUUAAACUUCCACUGGUCAUCUUGCCCUUUAAUGACGAUCCCUCAGUCAAAGCGCUGGAGGCAGGACUAUACCCAGAUCUGGCCAAACUGAAUUUAUAAUAGCUAUAAUUUAUGACAAAUUUAAUGAAAUCCUUGCUAAAGUCGCAUAACCUAGUUAUCAAAGUUUGAUUUGAUUUUGCAUCGAUUUCAAUCUUUGUCCUUACUCAGACAACAUUAAAUAUAUUAAGAUUAUAUUUUCACACAAUGUUUUUACAUCACGUACAGUAGGAUGAUUUAAUGUGCACUGAAUUGCACAUGAUUGAAUUAAGUUUUCUUAAAUUGAUUUUUCUUUAAAAGAUCAACCUGGAUUUGCACAGGCAGGGUCGCAUAUAUAACAAAUACUAGUGCUUUCCACCUUAAUAUUAUUUUUAAAUCAAGUUGCUUGUAAGAAUUGCAAUAAUUCACGUACGGUGUUUUUUAGUAAAUAACCUCACACUGCUAUACGAGCUCUUGCUAUUAGAGGUCUAAUAUUUACAUUUACAUUCAUGCAUUUGGCAGAUGCUUUUAUCUAAAGCGACUUACAUUGCAUUACAAGAUAUACAUUAUUCAUAUGCAUGUGUGUUCCAUGGGUUCAAACCCAUGACCUUCUGCAGUGUUAAUGCAUUGCUCUACUGAGCUAUACAUGAGCAAAAUCAGCUAUACAAUAUCUGCUGUGUAGCCUAUUUGGAGAAACUGCCUUUUAUUUUAUAACCAAUCACCAAAUAUUCUACCUUUUAUUCAUACAAUAGCAAAAGCAUAGAGAGAGAGUGAAACACUGUCCUUUAGAUGUGUACUUGUGUUUCUGUGUGAACCUCAGCCUUUUAUGAUAUCAGCUUGUUUGAACUACUGUAAAGGGGAAAGUAUGUCAAAUUCCUUAAAAAAUACAGACAUGUGAAAAGAGUAGAAAAGCAGGGUGGCAUUUACCGUGACAUCUGAGCCCUUCAAGAGACAUAAAUACAGAGGAAGACCACAGGAAGCCUGUCAACCUGGAGGCCACUGAGCUCCUUCGUGCACCAGAACUGCUUCUGUUCCCUGCGUACUAACUCACUGCCUCUCAUAGUAAAAAGCGAAGAAUGUGGAAUCAAUAUUACAGCUAAUCUGUGACCUUUGACACCCCAGCAAAAGAUGAAAUAUGACCUCUGUAAAUGGAGAACGGUGAAUCCAUGUUUUACCCGAAGAACACGAUAUUUGUGCGAAUAGAUAGAAUAAAAACGUUUAUGCUUUGUGCA